CAUGAAAUUGAAAGGAAAAUCAAGGUGAAACCCUUCCCCAGACUCCAGGAGCACCUCGAAGCAAAGGAACUAUGGCGGGUAUGGGUGACGGGUACGUGGGCACGGCCCAGGAUGCCGUGAGGAUCCGACGGCUCGAGAAGCAGAGAGAGGCUGAGCGGCGCAAAAUCCAAGAGCUCAAGAACAAAACUGCUUCCUCUAAAGGCCAACCCGGUCUCCUCCAGUUCGGGUCAAGCACCUCUGAGAUUCUCGAGACUGCAUUCAAGAAAGAAACUGUUGGUCUGGUCACUAGGGAAGAAUACGUGGAAAAGAGAGUGAAUAUUAGAACCAAAAUUGAAGAGGAGGAAAAGGAGAAGCUUCAAAAGCUGCAACAAGAAGAGGAGGAGCUUCAGUUGCAGAAGUUCAAGAAGCGGAAAAUAAAGGUGGACCCAAAACUAUCUUUUUCAGAUGAUUUUGAGAUUGACAAUGAAGAGGAAGAGGAUGAAAAUAAAAAUAAAGAAUCUGGAAGGCUUGGGCAGAGAAAAUUUGGCAAGGAUCCUACAGUAGAGACUAGCUUCCUGCCAGACAGUGAGAGAGAGGCAGAGGAACAAGCUGAGCGUGAAAGGCUGCGGAAGCAAUGGCUUCGUGAGCAAGAACAGAUUAAAAAUGAGCCUCUUGAAAUCACUUACAGCUAUUGGGAUGGUACUGGCCAUAGACGAGUGAUUCAGGUACGGAAAGGUGAUACCAUUGGUGAAUUUCUCCGGGCCGUUCAGCAACAGCUUUCACCAGAGUUCCGGGAAGUCCGAACUACUUCUGUGGAGAAUCUGCUCUAUGUGAAAGAAGAUCUUAUCAUUCCACAUCAACACAGUUUCCAUGAGCUGAUUAUAAACAAGGCUAGAGGAAAAAGUGGACCGCUUUUCCAUUUUGAUGUACACGAGGAUGUUCGCACCAUUGCUGAUGCCACAAUAGAAAAGGAUGAGUCGCAUGCUGGGAAAGUUGUAGAGAGACACUGGUAUGAAAAGAAUAAGCACAUUUUUCCUGCUUCAAGAUGGGAGAUAUAUGAUCCAACAAAGAAAUGGGAGCGAUAUACAAUUCACGGUGAUUGAUUCAUUGCAGAGUGCUUUUAUAUCGGUGAAUUCAUGAACUGAAGUCUGUAUCUUUUUGAGUGUCGUGGAGAGCUAUUUAAGUUGUUCUGUUUAGAAAAAUCAGCCUGGAGACAUUAUACGGUCUAUAUGGAGUUUGUGAAUUGGUUUAAGUAGUACAACGGGAGUAGGUUUGAAUUACUUGACCAGAUACGUAUUGCAAUAUGUUUGGCUUUUUUUUUUU